CACCGCUUUCCUCUCUGCUUCCCCACCUUCCACCGUCUGGUUGCCAGUUCUCCCGCCUGUUUGCUGAUUCACUGAUCUAAACAUGAUAUCUACGUCGCGUAUUGCUGCCUUGAAGAAGAAGGAUCUCGUUGAUCUGGCCUCUCAACUUGGGGUGGAAACCGAUGGAUUUAAAACCGAUCUUGAGGGCCGGAUUGCUCGCGCCCUCUCUCAAAACAGCGAAAGAAUGAGAAAUGACGCGCGUUUCUCGCAGUUCUACAGAGUCACCUCGAGCCCUUACGCCCUCUCGCGCCCUAGAAAGUCGCUCGUGACCGUAUCUCCGGACAAAAAGCCUCUCAGUCCUCGCUCGCCAUUCACUUCAGUGCUGACCUCAAAAUCGACCCCGUCUCCUUCACCACUAUCGGCCUCAGAUAGUGAGGAAUCUUCUGAGUCUGGGGAGGAAGGAUCGCACUACUGGGCAGCGCUCAAGUCCAAAUUGUCGUCCUACUAUUCCUCAGCUGGUGACGCGGUCUCGACAUCAACUGAAUACUCCGUGACUACCGCGCAGCAAUCUGGACUCAAGCUGCGUGAGAAGGUUUCCUCCGUGGCCGCUAUUGACAAGCUUGUUGCUUUCUAUGAGCUGUUUCUCAUUGUGAAGGAGCAGUUCCCUUUGUCUUAUAAGGUUGAUUACAUUGCUAUUCCGUUCGCAGAUUACAAGUUGACUACACCAACUGUCCACCUUCCUGAGCCGUUUGCGGCCAGCACUUACAAGCCAGUGUGGGAGCCCUUUGUGUUUUGGGCUCUCUACUUUGUUGCUAUCCCGUUGGUCUUGUCAUUCUUCAUCAACUUCACCUCCAGCAAGUCAACCCCUGCUAAGGCGCGCCGCACCUUUGAUCCAGUGACGUUCAACAUUGUCAAGUUGCUUAGCGCCUAUCUCUUGUUUGUGAAGCUCAGCACUGUCACUGACAGCUUUGUCGCUGGAUCAACUGUUGUGACGGCCAGCCACCCUACUUCGUCGAAGGUGCCGUUCGCUGCCAGCGCUUCAUUGAUCUCCGCAGUGCUUGGCAAUAUCCCCUUCGUCGGAAGUGCGAUUGGCACGCUUGCGGCAAUCUACUCUGCCAUCUUGAUCAAAUAAGUCUCGACUAAAUCUUUAGGGGACGUCUCUGUACGAUAUUUUUGACGCGUGUGGUGUAACUUUAUUGUGCAAUUGUUCAUGGGCGAGAUGGGACAGGCAGGACAGUGAUAUGUUUACUUUAUUUCUUUCGACUUUUUUGUAUUUUUAUUGUGAGGGGCAACACGCUUUAAUAAUAAUCAGUGUUGUCUCUUUCUUGUCUGUUUUUCUCUGUUUUCGGAAGGCCGUGUUGUCAAACAUUAGGCCAAUGGGUUUUGGUGUAUAUUAUAGCGUGUUUCUACAUCGGUUGAGCGCUUUUGCGUGUCUCGCAUUGAGCCCAUGCACAAGAGAGCAUCAGUUGAUCAGUAACAAUAGUUUAAUUAAGAAUAUAGGACGUUUAUCUAAUAUCACAAGCC